GUGACUCCUCGUUCGCACUGCCAAAAGAAACUCGUGCCUUGGAGAGUUGCUCGCUCUCUCUCCCUCUCGCACGAUCUCGAUCUCAAAGUCACGAAGACGCGAUUCUCCUCCUCUUCUCUCUCCAGAUCGAAGUUCUUUUUCCUUCGAAAGAAUGCUUAGUUUCAAAUACACUCCAUCAAUUUUGUCAGGAGGAGUGGCCAGGACAACUUUUCCUCAGAAAACUUGCCAUAUAGUGGUUUGUGAAGCAAGAGGCCCUAGACCCAGAUUUCCUCGUGUAUGGAAAACUAGAAAGAGAAUUGGGACUAUUUCCAAGUCACAGAAGCUUGUUGAAUGUAUAAAAGGAUUAUCAAACGUGAAGGAAGAAGUUUAUGGAGCACUUGAUUCGUUCGUUGCCUGGGAGUUGGAGUUUCCACUGAUAGUGGUGAAGAAGACAUUAAAGACAUUCGAGAUUGAAAGGGAAUGGAAAAGAAUAAUUCAGGUGGUCAAAUGGAUGUUCAGCAAGGGUCAAGGAAAGACCAUGGGAACCUACUACACGUUGUUAAAUGCUUUAGCUGAGGAUGGACGACUUGAGGAGGCAGAGGAACUUUGGAUGAAAAUAUUUUCAGAGAAUUUGGAAAAUUUGCCUCGUGUGUUCUUCAUGAAGAUGAUGUCAAUAUACUACGACCAAGGCAUGUAUGAAAAGAUGUUCGAGGUUUUUGCUGACAUGGAGGAACUGGGAAUUAGGCCAGAUAUGUCAAUCGUCAACAAGCUAGGUGAUGUCUUUCAGAAAUUAGGUAUGUUGGACAAGUAUGAUAAAUUGAAGAGCAAAUAUCCUCCGCCCACAUGGGAGUAUCCGUACAUCAAGGGGAAACGUGUUAGGAUUCAUGCAAACCAAAUACAGGGAUCAAAUGUAGAAAUCUCAUGACAACACAUACAGAGUGCAAAGUUCUGAUAUAUAUUCAGCAUGGCCUGGAAUUGGAAUUGGAAUAUUUGGAAGAUUAUCUGUGCAUGGCUUGAUGUCAGUAUUUAUAUCAGUAUUUUUGUUUUGUCCAAAAGGUGUCAAAAUUAUGGAUGACACUAAUUGACUGGCUUCCUUUUGUGCUUGGACGCCUUAGGGGUGUCAAUUUCAAUGAGUUGCGAGGCACAAUUCAAGAGAAGUUAUUUGCCUCAUUUUUUA